AUGAAGCCGGGCAAAUGUGCAGCAAAAUCUCCAGGGAAUGAAUGGAUUCGCCUCAGCCCUGAUGCAAGCUGAGCACGUUAUAGGAAAACAAUGUCCACCAGCGGACGGCACGGAUCAGUCAUCCUGUCAGCCUUUAUUCUCCUUCGAACUGUUAUUGGCUUCUCAGGAGAUGGAAGAGCAGUCUGGGCUAAAGAUCCGCAUCUUAGCCCGGUAAAUGAAAGUCAGCUGUUUGUCUAUGACACUUUUCCUCAAAACUUUUUUUGGGGUGUUGGGACUGGAGCAUUUCAAGUAGAAGGCACUGGGACAGCAGAUGGAAAAGGACCAUCGAUAUGGGAUCAUUUCCUCCAGACCCACCUGAACGAUAGCCACAGCCGGAAUAGUUCCAGUGACAGUUACCACUUUUUGGAAAAAGACUUGUCAGCCCUGGAGUUUAUUGGCGUUUCUUUCUAUCAAUUUUCAAUUUCCUGGCCAAGACUUUUCCCCAAUGGAAUAGUAGCCGACGCCAAUGCAAAAGGUCUUCAGUAUUAUAAUACUCUUCUGGAUGCUCUAGUACUGAGAAACAUUGAACCUAUAGUGACUUUGUACCAUUGGGAUUUGCCUUUGGCACUACAAGAAAAAUAUGGGGGGUGGAAAAAUGAAACCUUGGUUGAUAUCUUCAAUGACUAUGCCACAUACUGUUUCCAGAUGUUUGGGGACCGUGUCAAGUACUGGAUUACAAUUCACAACCCAUACCUAGUUGCCUGGCAUGGGUAUGGCACAGGGAUACAUGCCCCUGGAGAGGAGGAUUUAGCAGCCGUCUACACUGUAGGACACAACUUAAUCAAGGCUCAUGCAAAAGUUUGGCAUAACUACAACGUCAAUUUCCGCCCGCAACAGAAGGGCUGGGUCUCCAUCACGCUGGGCUCCCACUGGAUUGAGCCGAACAGAUCAGAGAAUGUGAUGGACGUCCUCAAAUGCCAGCAGUCCAUGGUGUCGGUACUCGGGUGGUUCGCCAGCCCCAUCCACGGGGAUGGCGACUAUCCGGAGCUCAUGAAGAAGAAACUGCUCUCCACCCUGCCCCUCUUCUCCGAGACAGAGAAGAAGGAGGUGAGGGGCACAGCUGAUUUCUUCGCCUUUUCCUUUGGGCCCAACAACUUCAAGCCCCAGAAUACCAUGGCUAAAAUGGGACAAGUCGUGUCACUCAAUUUACGUGAAGUGCUGAACUGGAUCAAACUAGAAUAUGACAACCCCCGAAUCUUGAUUGCUGAGAAUGGCUGGUUCACUGACAGCCAUGUGAAGACGGAAGACACUACUGCCAUCUAUAUGAUGAAGAAUUUCCUCAAUCAGGUUCUUCAAGCAAUAAAGUUUGAUGAAGUACAAGUGUUUGGUUACACAGCGUGGUCUCUUCUGGAUGGCUUUGAAUGGCAGGAUGCUUACAGCACUCGCCGGGGAUUAUUUUAUGUGGAUCUGAAUAAUGAGCAGAAAGAAAGGACACCCAAGUCUUCUGCACAUUACUACCGACAGAUCAUCCGUGAUAAUGGCUUCACUUUACAGGAGGCCACACCGGCCGUGCAGGGCCAGUUUCCCUGUGACUUCUCCUGGGGGAUCACUGAAUCUGUGCUGAAGCCCGAGUCGGCCUCGCCGCAGUUCAGCGACCCGCACCUGUACGUGUGGAACGUGACGGGCGACCGGCUGCUGAGCCGCGUGGAGGGUGUGCGGCUGCGCACGCGGCGGGCGCAGUGCGGCGACUUUGCAGGCCUGCGGCGGCGCCUGGCGGCCUUGUCCCGCCUCCGCGUGACGCACUUCCGCUUCGCGCUGGACUGGGCCGCCAUCGUGCCCACGGGCCGCCCGGCCGGCGCCAACCGCGCCGCGCUGCGCUACUACCGGUGCGUCGUCAGCGAGGGCCUCAAGCUGCGCCUGGUGCCCAUGGUCACGCUCUACCACCCGACGCAGGAGCGCCCGGGGCUCCCCGCGCCGCUGCUGCGAGACGGCGGCUGGCUGAACCCCGCCACGGUGCGCGCCUUCGAGGACUACGCGGCGCUGUGCUUCGGCGCGCUGGGUGACCUGGUCAAACUCUGGAUCACCAUCAAUGAGCCUAACCGCCUGAGCGACGCGUACGGGCGCGCCGGAAGUGACGCGUUCCGCGCGGCGCACCACCUGCUGCUGGCGCAUGCGCGCGCCUGGCGCCUCUACGACCGGCAGUUCAGGCGCGCGCAGCGGGGGGCGCUGUCGCUCGCGCUGCACGCGGACUGGGCCGAGCCCGCCAACCCCUACGCGCCUGCGCACGCCGAGGCGGCCGAGAACUUCCGCCAGUUGGAGCUCGCCUGGUUCGCCGAUCCGCUCUUCCGGGGCGGCGACUACCCGCCCGCCCUGCGCGACCACGUGACCUUGAGCGAGCACGAGCGCAGCCUCGUUCGCGGCGCCGCCGACUUCUGCGCGCUCAACCACUUCACCACGCGCUUCGUCCUGCCCGCCGGCCCCGGCCCCGCCCACGCGCAGUUUCAGUUCCUUCAGGACGUCACGUGCCUCAGCUCGCCCUCGCGCCUGGCCGUGCUGCCCUGGGGCCUGCGCAGGCUGCUGCGCUGGGUCCGGCGGCGCUACGGCGACCUCGACGUCUACGUCACGGCCGGCGGCGUCGACGACCCCGCCCCGCGCGACGACCGGCUGCGCCAGCACUACCUGCAGACCUACGUGCAGGAGGCGCUCAAAGCACACCUGAUUGAUAAAAUAAAAAUCAAAGGCUAUUAUGCAUUCAAAUUGACCGAAGAAAAAUCUAAACCCAGAUUUGGUUUCUUCACAUCUGACUUCAAAGCAAAAUCCUCUGUGCAGUUUUACAACAAACUCAUCAGCGACAAUGGCUUUGCUUCUGAGAACAGCGGACCUGGGUGCAAUCCAAGUCCAAGAAGCACAGAAUGUGUGGUCUGCCUAUUUCUGAUGCAGAAGAAGCCUCUGAUAUUCUUCACUUGUUGCUUCCUCUCCACUCUGGUUCUGCUUCUGUCAAUUGCCAUCUUUCAUAAGCAAAAGAAAAGAAAAUUCUGGAAAGCAAAGAACUUGCAACACAUACCAUUAAAGAAAGGUCAGAAGAGGGUUCUUAGCUAACCUAUUCCAAAUUCUGUCUGCAGGAUGGGAAGAUGGUUUUAAGUUCACUCCAGUUUCAUACAUUGCUAACUCAGAAGAUCUAAUUGUGUACAAAGACAACAUGAGAUGUUACUAGUAAUGAGAAAGUUGAUGGCAACAAUGUCUCUGCUAUGAGGUUCUCAAAGAACUUCAUUCUAGUUGGUGACAUCAAAGAAUUCAGCUCUUUGAUCUAAAGAUACAUCCUCUGCUGAGCCUGUCUGCUGAGGACUGUCUUUUCCCUUGCUUCAUGUUUCAUGAGUUGUUUUCCACCAUUCUCUAGCUUUGUUCUAGAACUACCAGUAGUUAAACUAUUUUGAAAAGCAUAGCUUUGUUGACUUCACAGCAGAGAUUUAAAGCUCUUUAAGUGAUA